AUGACGAAUCAUGGGGACGACGCGCUGUCGUCUAGAACUGGUGCUCCAGAUGGGGAUGAUCGACUCUCUGAGGACAGAUCCUUGGUCCAGCAGAGGCUGGCUGUCAGGGAACUCAUUGACACCGAGGUCUCCUACUUGCACGUGCUCCAGCUCUGUGCCUCUGACAUAAGGAGCCGUCUGCAGCAGCUGCCACAGGGAGAUCUGGAUGUCCUGUUCUCAAACAUCGAUGACAUCAUCAAGGUGAACAGAAGACUGCUUCAUGAUCUGCAGGAGACAGCCUCCAGGGAAGAGGAACAAGUGCAGCUGAUCGGUAAUGCAUUUCUGGAAUUCCAAGAGGAGUUGGAGCAAGUCUAUAAGGUGUACUGUGCCAGCUAUGAACAGGCCUUGCUGCUGGUAGAGACCUACCGGAAGGAGCCAGAGCUGCAGCGGGAGAUCCAGGGCAUCAUUGAGGCAGUGCUGCCGCAAGCUGGACCUUCAGGCCUCAGUUUCUUGCUGGUAAUUCCUCUGCAGAGGAUUACCAAAUACCCAUUGCUGCUGCAGAAAAUUCUGGAGAACACACUCCCUGAUACCAGUGCCUACGCUGUCCUUCAGAGGGCUACCUCUGCCCUCCAGGAUGUGGUCACCAACAUCAAUGAGUACAAGAGGCGCAAAGAAGUGGCCUCCAAGUACACCAAGGUGGAGCCUCUGAGCCUCCGGGAGCGACUGGCUCGCAUCAAUACACACACCCUCUCCAAGAAGACCACCCGGCUGAGCCAGCUGCUGAAGCAGGAGGCGGGGCUCGUUCCCAGGACGGAAGACAAGGAAUUUGAUGACUUAGAAGAGAGGUUCCACUGGGUGUCGCUGUGUGUGACCGAGCUGAAGAGCAACAUGGCUGCUUACCUGGACAAUUUGGAGGCUUUCCUCCGCUUCCGGCCUCAGGACUGCAAUCUGGAAAUCCCCGGGGGGCCUGUGGUACAGUACUGUUACCUGGCAAGAGACCUGCAGCUCCAGGCCUUCCCAGAGUUUAAGCAGCAGCUGGAAGCCCAGGUGUGGCAGCCAUUGUGCAGCCUGGCCAAAACCUUGGUAGGCCCUCAGAACCUGAUCAAGAAGCGUCUGGACAAACUACUGGACUUUGAGAGGGUGGAAGAGAAGCUGUUGGAGGUGGGCAGCGUGACCUACGAGGAGGAGGCAGCCCGGCACACUUACCAGGCACUCAACUCCCUGCUAGUGGCUGAACUCCCACAGUUUAACCAGCUGGCCAUGCGGUGGCUCGGCCAGAUCCUCUGCACAUUUGUGACUCUCCAGAGGGACCUUGCAAAGCAAGUGCUGCAGAGGGCAGAGGACAGCUUGGCCCAGCUCCCCCACCACCACCUGUCUGAGCCGGCCUUCAGGAAGCUGGUGGAGGAUGCACUAGGCCAGACCAGUCACCAGCUUCACUCCUUUCAAGAGAACUUCGAGAAAGUGCUGCCACCUCCCACCACACAACCACUCCUUCCAGGGGCUGAACGCCAGGUGCAGGCGCUCCUGAGCAAGUAUGGCCCAGGAAAGUUGUACCAGGUGACAAGCAACGUCAGUGGGGCUGGGACUCUGGACCUGACCCUGCCACGGGGCCACAUCGUAGCCCUCCUUCAAAACAAGGACACCAAAGGCAACAGCAGCCGAUGGCUGGUGGACACUGGAGGACAUCGAGGGUAUGUGCCAGCUGGAAAACUGGAGGUGUACCACGUGGUCCCCAGUGAGGAGGAGCUCAGAGGGCAGGCGAGGCCUCACAGAGACUUCCAACAUCAGACACCAGAGUCCACCUCAGCCCUGGUCCCCUCUGUCCCAACUGUGACCCAGGUGGUGGCCAUGUACCCCUUCGUGGCCAGAAGCAGCCAUGAAGUGAGUCUGCAGGCAGGCCAGCGGGUGACUGUGCUGGAGGCCCAGGACAAGAAGGGGAACCCAGAAUGGAGCCUUGUGGAAGUGAACGGACAGAGGGGCUACGUGCCUUCCAGCUUCCUGGCCAGGGCCCCAAGUCCAGCUCCAUGGGGCUGGAGUUUGCCUUCUUAG